UUGUUGAAACACAUUUUCAAAUCUGGUGAAUAACACGAACACCACACCUCACAUCACAAAUUCACAUUCACUCACACAAUCAAAACGCACCAUUUCCUCUCACUCCAAACUAACAAACAAACACGAAUUAACAGAUGAUGCACAGAAACUCGCCUCGCAGAAACUCCCAAACCUGCACCUCCGAUCUCCUCACAUGGCCGGAACUCCCUCCGCCGGUCUCCGCCGCCUCCGUUCCCACCGCCACCACCCACCGCUCUCACCAGCCUUCCGAUCAAAUGAGCGAUGUUCUCCGCCGCGACCAGCUCACCGACGAAGAAGCACAGACUCUAACUAAUACGAAGCCUUGCUCGGAGUAUAAGAUGAAAGAUGUAACUGGAAGUGGUAUAUUUUCUACCAGUGCUGAAGAUACCACACCAGAAGCCGAUUCUGAAAUUUCAAAAAACAAAGCAAGUAUACGCGUAAAUCAGCAAGCAACGAAUUAUGGAAAAAGCCAGAUAUCAUUCUACACUGAAGAAAGCGUUUCUCCUAAGAAACCAGCCUCUAUACCUGAGGUAGCAAAGCAGCGUGAGCUGAGUGGAACGUUCCAUAGCGAAGAACCAGACGCAAAGACUCAGAAGCAAACAACAAGUGCCAAAACCAAGGAGCUCAGCGGAAGUGAUAUAUUUGGCCCUCCUCCAGAAAUUGUGCCUCGUUCAGUGGCUGCUGCGGGCUUUACAGACUCAAGAGAUCGCAUUGACAUGGAAGAAUAUCUUCCACGAAAUGUGCACACAUCUGUGAGAGUUUCUAAUCCUGCUGGUGGCCAAAGUAGUAUCGUGUUUGGUGAUGAACCAGCUCAGAACACAUCAAAGAAAAUACAUGACCAGAAGUUAACGGACCUGACGGGCAAUAAUAUUUUCAAGGAUGACGCUCCUCUAGGAACAGUGGAAAAGCUUCGGAGCAGCGCAAAACUUAGAGAAAUGGCUGGGAGUGACAUAUUUGGUGAUGGAAUAGCAGAAAACAGAGACAAAAUACUAGGUGGCCGCAGACACCAUGGUGGAGGGAGUGACAUAUUUGCUGAUGGUAAGGCAGAAAACAGAGACAAGAUACUAGGUGCCCGUAAACCCCCUGGUGGAGGAAGCAGCAUUUCCCUGACUUGAUGUUUAAAUUUAAAUUCGUCCCCUUUAAUUUCCUUGUUCUGUAAGUUUCCUGAACUGGAUUUCCCUCCUUUUGACUGGAAAUGGAAGGAGCAGUGAAAUGGAUUAUCACUUAUCAGCAUUGUAUAUUCAUGGCAAAACCUCCGAUGCAGUAUAACUAGUUUGUGUUGCUACAAUGAGUGCAAAUGGUUUAUUUAUUUUGAUAUACAAAAUCAUAAGAAAAUUGUUUUUUC